AUGCCCUCUGUGAGUGUGUCUGUUGGAAUAAUCUUCCUUGGUCAGAUUUUCAUUGGAACCCUGGGGAAUCUCUCUCUCUUAGGUAAAUAUUUAUUUCUUUACUUCCGUGGAUAUAAGACAAGACCCAUAGAUUUGAUUCUUGUGCAUCUUACUGUGGCCAAUAUCUUGGUCAUUCUCUCUAGAGGGAUCCCAGAGACCUUGGCAGCUUAUGGGUUGGAAGACUUCCUCAGUGAUUUUGGAUGCAAAUGUGUUUUCUAUGCUAGCAGGGUGGGCCGAGGUGUAGCCUUUGGCAGCACCUGUCUCCUGAGUGUCUUCCAGGCCAUCACCAUCAGCCCCAGCUACUUCAGGUGGGCAAAGCUGAAAGUGAAAGCUCCCAAGUAUAUAAGCACCUUCACCGCUCUCUGCUGGGUCCUGCACUUGGCGCUGAAUACCAGUUUCUCUCUGACUUUGACUAGCAGAUUGAAAACCAGAAACAUCACAAAUAAAAUAGACUUUGCUUACUGUUCUGAUCCACGUACCACAAAAGGGGUAUACACAGGGCAUGCAGUGUGUACUGCCAUAGUUGAUGUUCUGUGCAUGGCGGUCAUGCUCUUAGCCAGUGGCUCUAUGCUUUUCAUCUUAUUUAUGCAUAAGAAGCAGGUCCGCCACAUGCAUAGAACCAGAGGAUCCUCUAGAUCCUCUUUUGAGACCAGAGCCACCCACACCAUCCUUAUCGUGAUGAGCAUUUUUGUAUUUUUUUACUUCCUAUCUUCUGUCAUGCAAAUAUAUGUGACUUUUUUUGGUAGGUCAAUAAUCUUACUGUUCUCUCUUACUUACUUCACGAGUGCGUGUUUCUCAACUGUCUGCCCCUUUGUGUUCAUGACUGUGGCCAGUAUGUAA